AACUUGUUGUAUUUCAGUUGUCGCGUUUCGUGAUGUAAAUUGCGGAUGGUAGAUCUGAGUUGGACCGGUUGUUUCGCAAGACUUGUGUGUUUCUUCAACGUAAAAGUACAAAUACAAAUACUGCCCUUUUCAGAAAACAUAGUUCAUAUAAAUCUGAGCCCCGUUGUGUCUUACGCACAUCUAAUAUCUGCCCCUCACGAGACCUCUUACAGACAUACACCAUAGAAACCCCUGAUCGAACAUUGUCUUUGAAGAGAAAACACUGAUUGUCAUUUGUACACUCCACACGCUUUCACCAAUGCGUCGGUGGCAAGAAAGUGAAGAAUGUCGCUUCUGUAGGUCUAUUAUAUCUGGAUGUGCCGGCGUUAGAGAACAUAUGCAGUCCCAUCUGAGGGACAAAUCUCCAGAUCCCGACGACGGCCUAUAUAAAUGCCUUUAUCAUGGCUGUCAAUAUGCGACUGAGACCGAAGAAGGAAGGCAAAAGCACCACUUGGAUGACCACGAGAAUGUCGACAUCAAAGCCUCUUCCCAUGUAGAACCUGAUCCAGCAGACCAAACAAAGCCUGUGGUCUCGUGGCUCCAAUGGGUACCUCUUGAUUGUGAGUUCGUGGAUGCCAGUGGGAAGAGGAAGGGCAAGUUUGUUCAGGAAUCCCGAGAUACGAAGAGGAGGAAGAAGAAUGCUGCCCAAGCGCAACGACCAUUCACAUCUACGGACACGGUCACUAGGGCGCCCCAUAAUGCUGCUCCUGACCCUCCAAGGGGCGGCGCUCCACCCUCUACAUCCUCUUCACCUCAGGACACCACUGCUGCAUCAGUGAGGCAGACCGAAGUGGAGCAGCAACCACGAAUACCAUGUGUAUUGGAUGAGAUUCCAGGAGUGGAAGAACCAAUACCACCCUACCCGUCACCACAUGCCCGCUACGAUAUUCCCAUGGAACUGUUGUUUUUUGCUAGCGCCUCGUCGGACUUCUCCCUUGAACGCAGCGGCUUGUGGAGGGAAGACCUGACUGAUCGCUCGAACCGACCUAUACCUGCACCGGAUGAAAUUGAUACAUUAGCUGACUUAUUCUCCUUUACGCUGUCGUUGGACACCGUCACUCGCCCUAUUGCAGCCGAGUCAUCCCCACCUCCAACAGACCAGAAGCCUGCGUUACACUCCGAAGACUCGCCAUCUGAGACCGACGUAUCAGAUACCGCUCGUUCAGGUCCAUUCAAAUUCCGGCUCCUUUUCGGCGAACAACCAAAUAUUCCCAGGUUAGGAUAUCCUGCUGUGUUUCCUCCUUGUCCAGCCCAAUCAGGCCGGCGAGGGAUAUCUGACCCUCGUCUGUCAGUUGGAUGCAAGGGAUCGCGCCGAGCGAAGAAACUUUUGAAGCGUGGAAAGACAUUACCCUCACUUUCCCAGUAAUCUGUAAUUGUUCACGAGUACCAUUCCAGUACAUACACCGUUUCGUCGACGCUGUGCUUCGCAACUUCUGGCCUUCGCAGGUUUAUAGACUUGCCUUUUAUAUC